AUGCUGGCCAGGACUCUGUUUGUGUCUGCCCCAGGGAAAGUUAUACUUCAUGGUGAGCAUGCUGUGGUCCACGGCAAGGCUGCUUUGGCUGUGGCGGUGAACUUGAGAACCUUCCUUAAGAUGACCCCUCGGAAUGACGGCAAAGUCUCGGUAGAGCUGCCAAAUAUCGGGACCAGGCUAUGCUGGGAAACCUCGGAACUCCAGCCACUGUUAGUGGCGUUCCCUGCUGACCAGACUGAAUGUCAGCCCCCCAGCCCAGGACAAGUAGAGAAGUUGAAAGAGUUUGCCGGACUCACCAACACAGCUUCAGCCACGCAAAGCCUGGCCACCCUCGCGUUUCUGUACUUAUACCUGUCCAUUGCAUCCAAAUGUGGGUUCCUGCCGAGUGUGGACAUCCUGGUGUGGUCUGAGCUGCCCACGGGGGCUGGGUUAGGCUCCAGUGCUGCGUAUUCGGUCUGCCUGGCAGGAGCCUUGCUUUCUGGCAGCGGAGUCAUUGGCUACCCUCUGGAGGAGGGCCAGUCUGUGGGCAGGUGGCCCCAAGAGGAGGUGGCCGUGAUCAACAGUUGGGCCUUCCGAGGAGAGCAGGUGAUCCACGGGAACCCAUCAGGGGUGGACAAUGCAGUAGGCACCAGGGGUGGAGCUCUGCGGUACCAGUCGGGGAAGAUCUGCUCAUUAAAAAGUGUUCCCACAUUAAGGAUUUUACUGACCAACACGCGGGUUCCUCGGAGCACCAAGGUGCUGGUGGCAGGCGUCAGAGACAAGAUUAUGAAGUUUCCUGCUAUAAUGGAGCCAGUUCUCACAUCGGUAGAUGCCAUUUCUCAGGAGUGCGAAGCUGUUCUCGAAGAGAUGGCUGAACAUCCAUCACUGGAGCACUACCCUGUUCUAGAGGAGCUGAUGGACAUAAACCAGCACCACCUGAAUGUGAUGGGCGUGGGCCAUUCCUCCCUGGACAAAGUCUGCCAGGUCACCGCCUCACAUGGCCUGCACAGCAAACUGACGGGGGCCGGCGGAGGAGGCUGUGCCAUCACCUUGCUGCGGCCAGACACGGCCCCUUCGGUGGUGGAGGCUGCUACGCGAGACCUCAGCGACUGUGGCUUCGAGUGCUGGGAGACGGACAUCGGGGCCCCCGGAAUAUGUGCACAUUCAGCGCAGUCCCUCAAAGCAGAAGUACUGCAGGCUUUCAGCGGGAUGUAG